UGCUCAAAGAGAGACACGGGAGAAGAAAAAGUUGGAACAGUCUUGCACAGAUGUGAUGUGUAAGUUAUUGGAUUAAUGCAAGUCGUCCUUAUUAGCCAUCCAUUUUAAAAGAUCAUUACACCCUUUGAAUGGUGAGGAGUAAAUCAAUUUCUCAGAAGAGGAUGUCUGUGUCGGGGAAGAAGGAAUUUGACGUGAAGCAGAUCCUCAGGCUCCGCUGGCGCUGGUUCAGCCAUUCAUCCCAAGGUUCAGCCGGCAGUGGAGGCGGUGGCGUUGGUGGGGUGGGAGGCUACAUCCAGCAGGAUGGCCUGGAUCACCGAGGGACGCCAGUCCAGGGCCGGCUGAAGAGUCACUCACGGGAAAGAGGCGUUGGAGGACUACGGAAGACCAACAGCCCGGUCCACAGCAUCUUGGCACCUACGCCUGGGCCCACACCUGUCUAUGUCAGAGCGGGUCAUCAAUCAUGGCACCAUCAGCAGAACACCAUCCAGGGUCUCCAGGUCAACGAGGAAUCCUCAAAGAGCAGCUCCUCGCCCAGCACCACAAGGAAAGAGGACGCCAACACUGGCCAGGAAGAUGUGAAGAACAGCACAGAAGAACCUGCAGAGGUGGAGGCCAGAGAGAGGUUGACUCUUAGCACCUUCUCCAGAAUGAACACCAACUCCUCUGAUGAAUUUUUCCAGGCCACAAAUCAUGCAGAACAGACUUUCCGCAAGAUGGAGACCUACCUCCAGCACAAGCAGCUGUGUGAUGUCCUCUUGAUAGCAGGGGAUCAUAAGAUACCAGCUCACAGACUCGUCCUGAGCGCCGUGUCAGACUACUUUGCUGCUAUGUUCACCAGCGACGUGAGAGAGGCAAAGCAGGAGGAGAUCAAGAUGGAGGGAGUCGAUCCAGAAGCCCUCAGAUCCCUGGUUCAUUUUGCCUACACUGGCGUCCUUGAGCUGAAAGAGGAGACCAUUGAGAGUUUAUUGGCGGCAGCUUGUCUCCUCCAGCUUUCACAAGUCAUCCAGGUUUGCUGUAACUUCCUGAUGAAACAGCUUCAUCCCUCCAAUUGCCUGGGCAUACGCUCCUUUGCAGACGCCCAGGGCUGCAUGGACCUGCUCAAUGUGGCUCAUAACUACACCAUGGAACACUUCCUGGAGGUCAUUCAGAACCAGGAGUUCCUGCUGCUCCCAACGGCUGAGAUUGUUAAGCUGCUCUCCAGCGAUGACAUCAACGUCCCUGAUGAGGAAACCAUCUUCCAGGCUUUGAUGAUGUGGGUGCGGUACGAUGUCCAGCAUCGACAACAGGACCUUGGGGUGCUUCUGGCCUUCAUCCGCCUGCCUCUUCUUCCUCCACAGCUCCUUGCAGAUCUGGAAAACAACAAGAUGUUCUCUGAUGAUCUGGAAUGCCAAAAGCUGCUGAUGGAGGCCAUGAAGUACCAUCUUCUGCCUGAGAGACGUCCAAUGUUUCAGAGCCCAAGAACCAAACCCAGAAAGUCCACUGUGGGUGCACUUUAUGCUGUAGGAGGGAUGGACGCUACCAAAGGCUCCACCACCAUAGAGAAGUAUGACCUGCGGACCAACACUUGGGUCCAGGUUGGAGUCAUGAAUGGACGCCGGCUGCAGUUUGGCGUGGCAGUGAUAGACAACAAGCUGUAUGUGGUUGGAGGGAGGGAUGGACUCAAGACAUCCAACAUGGUGGAGUGCUACAAUCCAAUCAAUAAAGUGUGGUCCACCAUGCCCCCCAUGUCAACACACAGACAUGGACUUGGUAUUGCUGUGCUAGAGGGCCCUAUGUAUGCUGUGGGAGGCCACGAUGGCUGGAGCUAUCUCAACACAGUGGAACGCUGGGACCCGCAGGCCAGACAGUGGAACUACGUGGCCAGUAUGUCGACACCACGAAGCACCAUGGGAGUCACAGCACUCAAUGGGAAAUUGUUUGCAGUAGGUGGGCGAGACGGCAGCUCGUGUCUGAGGUCAAUGGAGUGCUUCGAUCCGCACACCAACAAGUGGAGCAUGUGUGCUCCCAUGGCCAAGAGGCGAGGGGGAGUGGGUGUGGCAACAUACAACAACUUCCUGUAUGCUGUAGGUGGACACGACGCCCCUGCCUCCAACCACUGUUCUAGACUCUCCGAUUGUGUCGAGAGGUAUGACCCAAAGACGGACACAUGGACCACUGUGUCCUCCCUCAGUGUUCCCCGGGACGCGGUGGGUGUUUGCCUACUGGGUGACAGGCUCUAUGCUGUGGGUGGAUAUGAUGGCCAGUCUUAUCUGAACACUGUCGAGUCCUACGAUGCACAGAACAAUGAGUGGACUGAGGAGGUCCCUCUCAACAUUGGCAGGGCAGGCGCCUGCGUGGUGGUGGUGAAAUUGCCUUGAGCAUUUUGUCUCACGACAGCAUGGGAAACAAAUGAGAGAGCAGCAAAGAAAAGUGGACAAACAAAACAAGAGAUCAAGGACACAUCCUUCGAGAAUCAUGUUUUCAUUUUUUUUCUCCUUUAACUCGGCUCUCCAGAUUUUUCAGAGGGAAACGCAGACAGAGCUUUGCCCAUAAACCAUUGUUUCUAUCAUUAGUGGACAUGUCUGCCCACUGGGGAGGACUGCUGCGCAUUCUCCACAUUCUCAAGCGAUCAAGAUUUUUCAUAGACUUGGCUUAGCUGUAGCAAGAGCCAAGGCUUUGUUGUACUGGUUUGUUAUACUAGUUUUAUGAAAAGUUCUGUGUAUGUCCGUAAGAUUAAAUGUAAAAGUUACAUUUUGAGUAAAUAAGCCUGCAGGUUAGUUUACAUCUAUACAGAGACUUUUCUUAUCAGUGCCAUCGCAUACAGUAUAUUUUUGGGUUUAUAUUUCACUUUAUAGCCACUCAAAUGAAAAUUGUUAAGAAACAAAAAUUUAACCCCAUACCAGUGUCUUCCCUUAGCGGGUGGUCUGAACAGAUUCUUGCUCUUUAGUGAAGAAGACCACUGUGAACACUGAGGGUGGUGAAGUUUUUGCAGGCUGGUUUUAAGAAGAACAGGAAUGAAAUGAGACUUUUUGCUGAAUAUAUAUAUAUAUAUAUAUAUAUAUAUAUAUAUAUAUAUAUAUUUGGACUUUCUUUUCUCCUACUUUCUUUCUUUAUUUUUAUUGAGCCUGUAGCUACAGAACACCAAAGUCAUUUGCUUGUCUUAGAAGUCUUGUUACGCAUUAAAUAAAAGUUUACAAAAUUGUGAAUUACAGAAAAUAUAUCAUAUUGAUAUUUCACAUUGCUGUACAGUUUUUUGUGAACUUUAUGAAUCUACAUUUGUGUUGAUGAAUCAUGCCUAAACCAGUGCUCUCUGGUACAGUUAUUAUCCUUUUGUCUUUACUUCUGGGCAUGCUAGCUGAGCGAUUGUUUUACUUGGUUUAUACAAUUAUCAAAAUCACUGUCUGUUCUUGUAUUUUUAAGGAUAUGAUGCCUUUUGGGUCAUGUAGAUGAUCUUAUCAUUCACAACACAACCAUUGGAUAAACCCAGAAGAAACAGCAAACUAUGGCUAAGUGGGACCAGGUGCACACAAAGCAGCUAUCUGAGUCUACGAGAGAAUUUCAAGCACUGUUUCACGUGUAGCACUCUGAAACCUGAUUUCCACAGCAGCUCACUAAUGUGACUUUGAUUAGAAUUUUUAGCUUUGUAGUUGGUUCUGCUCAUAAAAGUAAAACCUUUAUCACAACGAGAACAAUUUGUAACUGUAAUUAUAUCAUGUUUUGGGGCCAAAUGUUAAUUUUUAUGCUUUUAUCAUACUUUUGUACAGCAUGCAAACUAAAUAAAAUAACUUCAGUCCUCUGCAUGUUCAAAUCCAUGUUUAGAGCUGAAUGUGGCCCCUCAGCGGGCAGAUUUUGAUUUCUCUUGUUCUGCUUUGGGUAAACUAAACUCAUUCUUUGACUAAACCAGACUUGGAACUUACUUUGAUGUCAACAUUGACCUCAUUUUCUUCUCAUUGCAGACCCCGCUUUUUAAAUCAAGCAAGCAUGUUUGCUUGAUUUAUAUCACUCUGAUAACACUCUGGUUUUCUUUUCAAUCUCUCAUCAACAGACUGAGGACCAACUGCGACUGCUUGCCUUUGUUUUUUUCAUUGUUUACCUUCCAAAUAGUUUCAACUCUCCUCUUGCUUGUUUGGUAAGAUUUGGAUGGGUUUUGGCAGACAAAAUUCUGGCUUAUGUGUCCACAUGUACAGUUUUAAAUUUAGAAACGUGUAGGUUGUUUCAGAAUACAAAAAUAUUAGACAUUCCUUUUCAUCUUUUUGAUUUUGAGGUAUAACCCUUUUGGCACAAAUCCCAUCUCAGUUGAUGUAAAGAUAAAUCUCGUUCUCUAACUUUCUAUUUCUGUUUAUCUGCACCUCCUGUCAGAUAUUAUAAUGGAAAUCAAUAAAGGAUAAUAGCUUUCACCUAAGUUCACCUCUUCAGAGUAUAAUAUUAUUGAAGCCCCACCGUGCAGAAUACUUAUCUCAAUAUAUAUCUUUCCAGUUAAUUCGAAAGCAUAGUGUAAUGGCGGUAGAAACACAAGACCAUAAUGAUGAAAAUAGCUUUAUUCGAUUUGUCCCUGCAUUGGAUAUGACCAGUGCAAAUGUGCAAUUUCUUUUUUUUUAUCUUUUCAGUUCCUGUCCGUUAUAUUCUUCUCCUGUGGGUUGGCUCAGUAUUGCUUAAUCUGAAAUUCUACAUCUGUUAGACUAAACCAAUAUUCCCCUCAGUCUUGUUGCCACCCAUAGGUUUGCAAUCACAGUUUAAAACACACAGUGAUCUCAACACUGAGAAAGUCAGCUUCACGUGAUAAGAGCAUGAUGCAAUACAGUACCUCAAAGUUGUCAGGUUUCCAUGUCUGAUUCUGGUUUAAAGGGCCCAUGGAAAAUGGGGUUUAUCUUGUGAAUAUUAUCAUAAUAUUGAACAGAGCCAAAUAGAGACAGAACAGAGACAAAUAAAGAAACCAUUAAGAUACAUGGAUACACUUUCACAAGAGUAAUUUGUCUGCUAAAUGUUUUGUAAGAUGGUACAGCACUGACUUAACUCAAAGCUGCUUUGUUUUAGCUGAAGUGGGACAACUCUGAUAUAGAAAUCCUAUUAUGAUUAUCCUUGGAAUCCUAUUAUUUAACCCUUAGGUAUUUAACAUAAAAUCACUCAAAUUAAAAUGUAUUACUUUAAAAGAGGAUCAUCAGUUCCUCUUCACAUUUAAUCCCAAGAAUUGAAUGUGUUGUAUAAAAAAUAUUUCCCUAUCCGAUUCAAUGAUAUAUGAUAUACUGAGAUUAUCACCCCACUAAUCAAAUUAUGCCAUCACAACAAAAAGAAAUCUAAUUUCACACCGUACAGAGCUACUCUGAAACUAAUGAAUAAGAGAAUAAUUAGUAAGUGACAAUUAGUAAUUAGCCUGAUCAGCCAUCUAUGGGCUGGAAGAGUCUAUAGCAUUUUCAUUCUGUAUUGUUUUUCCCAUCUAUUCAAUGGUUGUUUCUUCUACAGAGCAGCAUGGACUAAAUAUAAUAAAUAAGCUUAGUAAUAGUGUUCUUCUUUCUUUUUAGUUUACAGAUGUUUGGAGUAUGAUUUAAGUUUUGUUUUAUAUUUAUUCUAAUUAUUAUCCACCCAAGAUCCUCCUCUUUGUCAGUGUUUUGAUUUAUGUUGUAAAAAGAAAAAAAGAUAGAGUUUGGAUAUGGUUUACAUUCUGUACUACCUUGUCAUCUGCAAGUGCCUUUAACAUUCAAGUGUUAAAAAAUGUAAUGAAAUGACAGUAUUAUGUUUUUGUGGUUGCAACACUCAAAGUUUCAUGUUUCCGUGCUGAAUGAAUUAGAAUAAAAUCCAGUGUUCCUUG